AUGUCAGCUCAAUCUAUCCUUUUGCGCAAUGCUACCAUCUUGGUGCCAGGUCCAGCGGGAGGCAAGCCGGUCGUACCACUUCAAAGUCACUCACUUCUCAUCGAAGGAAACAAGAUUGCUCGCAUAGCGGCUCAUAUAGAUGCCCCAUCUGAUAAGACCCAAGUGAUUGACUGCACUGGCAAGAUCGUAUCUCCCGGCUUUAUUGAUACGCAUCACCAUGUAUGGCAGACGCAGCUCAAGGGACGGCAUGCGGACCACACUUUGUUGGAAUACGUCCCUACUGGCAACAUGCAAUCAUUUAAUUAUACCACUGAAGAUAUCUUCUGGGGCGAGCUAGGAGGGUGCCUCGAAGCGUUGAAUGCGGGAACGACGACAAUAGUCGAUCACGCGCACAUGAACUAUUCUCCAGCCCACAACACAAACGCCAUUGCCGCAACCGUAUCAUCGGGAAUCCGCUCCACCUUUUGCUACGCGCCCACCGCAAGGGUGAAAGAGUGGGAGCCCGAACUCUCAGUAAAUACUGAGUUCUUACCAAGCUGGGCAGUUGAACAAGUUGAAGAGCUCAUAAAAGCUGGCCCAUAUGGUGAUGGCCGAGUCAACGUGGGGCUGGCGUUUGACGCAUUGUUCCUCCCGACGGAAAUUGUUGCCGGUUUGUAUAAGCGGGUUCGACAAGCUGGAGCAAAAGUGCUCACUAGCCAUUACACGCGUGGGCAAAACUCGGUGGUGGAUGUGCUUGAGAGCCAUGGUGUUCUUGGUCCAGACAUCAUCAUCUCCCAUGCCAACAAUCUCUUUGACUCCGACGCAAAGAAGCUCAGCGAUGUAAACGCCGCCAUCUCCUCAACACCAGAUACGGAGAUCCAGAUGGGCCUUGGCUACCCGGUCUGUUUCCGAGACGACACCAGCGCUAUCAGCUCUCUGGGCAUCGACUGUCACAGCAACAACGGAUCCAGCAUCAUAAAUCAGAUGCGACUCGGCCUGCAAGCCGAACGAGGAAUCCGAAACCAGGCUCUCAUUGAGGCAAGCAAAGCGCCAAAGCAUCUCACCGUGUCCGUGCAAGAUGUCUUUCGACUUGGCACUGUCGGCGGCGCGAAAGCCAUCGGCAUGCAAGACCAGCUCGGAUCUCUCGAAGAAGGCAAACUUGCGGACAUUGUCAUCUUUGAUGGGCUUAGCCCCGGCAUGAUCUGUGCUGCCGAAGAAGACCCCGUAGCAGCAAUUGUUUUGCACUCUUCAAUAGCGGAUAUCGAGACUGUCAUUGUGAAUGGAAGGAUUGUGAAGCAGCAGGGAAGUCUUGUGCCCGUUGAGUUGGAUCUGUCACUAUCGGAUUUCAAGCCUGCCAAGACGCGAUUGGAAUGGUCUGAUGUGGCUAAAGAGCUUUUACAGAGUCGCCAGCGCGUGAUUGAAGCAGGUAAAAAGAGCUGGGGGGGCGAUUUAGAGAAGGCACUGGGAGGCGUGAUGAAAGCAUUCUACAUUGAUCCUAGCAAUGUAGUCUAA